AUGGUGGAGUCGGCUACUCUCCUUGCCGGUGAUGACGUCAACUUGACACAGUUCCACGAGGGCCUCCGAGGAAGGUUCAUGGAUCUGCACACGGAGCAUUUCAGCAGUAAUGAUGACGUUGACGCUGCUCGUGCUAGUGGUCGUAUGGCGUGUGCGGUCUUGGCUCGACUAGUGGUCCGGUCGGCUGGUGACGAUGUGACUACUAUGGUGGAUGAAAACUUAUCGGAGAGGCUUCUUGAA